AUGUCACAACACCCACCAACCAUACAGUCCAGCCUCGCAAAGGAUGCCAAUGUGACUUAUAUCGAUACCAUACAAGCAUAUGACCAAUGGGCCGAUGUCUAUGAUACAGAUGGCAACUUCCUCCAAGCCCUCGACACAAUUGAAAUGCAAUGGAUGCUUCCCGAAUUCUGGACAGAAAUAAAGAACCAAACGCAACAGAAAGAUUGCCGGCAAUGGAAACUGGUCGAUUUGGGCUGUGGUACGGGCAGGAAUACAUUGCAACUUCUGAAUACCGUCUCCAGGGACGCACCAGAAUCAGAGAUUCAGAUCAUUGGCGUUGACGCCUCAAAUGGGAUGCUAGAUAUAGCACGACGAGGAAUGACCGAAAGUAUUUCUCAGACGCCAUCAAAUAUAGAAGUGAAACUAGCACCACUCGACCUCCUCGCCGACAUCGAGUCUCCGUCAAACGCUCAAGCCCUUGACCUCAUGCGAGACGCCGAUGGAAUGAUCUCAACCCUCGUCCUUGAACACAUACCCCUAGACAUCUUCUUCGGAGCAGCAGCUUCAGUCCUCCGCUCAGGCGCAUAUUUUCUAGUCACAAACAUGCAUUCUGACAUGGGUCAACGGAGUCAAGCCGGCUUCGUGGACUCCGCUACAGGGAAAAAAGUGCGUCCAUCGAGGAGCUAUGCACAUGAAAUUGAGUAUAUUCUGGCGGAGGCUCAAAGGGUCGGGUUUGAGAUUGUACAGUUGCCGACUAUGACAGCGGCUGGGAUGAAGGGUGGUGUUCAGGGUGUGGUUGAGAGGGAAGUGACGCCGGAAAUGGUUGAGAGGCUUGGGCCGAGGGCGCAAAAGUAUGUUGGCGUAUGUCAGGUUUGGUUGGGGGUGUGUUUUAGAAAAAGAUGA